ACAAACUUCACCUUCCGAUAUCUGAGGUCAGGUUGUGGGUAUAUAUUGUGGUGGAGCGGAGGAGCAGCAACAAACGCAGCUCACAUCUCCUCACACAAUGAAGUUUACCGCGCUGAUCCUGGUGUUCCUGAUGGUGGUGUCAGCGGUCGUCAGUAGUCCCGCCCCACACAAGAAGGGCUUUGGAUUUGGCGGCAAGAAAGGCGGCCGUCGUGGCUUUGGCGGCUUCCGUCCAGUUCACGUGGUGCAAGUACCUAUCCCAGUGUACCAUGGCGGCUACGGUGGCGGCUACAGCCACGGCGGCUACGGUGGCGGCUACAGCCACGGCGGCUACGGUGGCGGCUUCGGCAGCAGCUUCGGAGGUAGUCACGGUGGUCUGUACGGCGGCUUUGGAGGCGGUCACGGCGGUUACGGUUAUGGAAGCUACGGAAAGAAGUAGACUGAACAAGUGAGAGUUAGAGAGUUGGUCUGGGAACACUGCCGCUGUGAGAGUCUUCCUGGACAGGUAACUCUCUCUCA